AUGGCCGAGGCAUUGAUCACCCUUGAAGUGACAAAUUUGCAAGGUAAGAGGUACAAGUUUAGUGAUGUACCUCUUUCACUGACCGGCAAAGCCUUGCAAGAAUUGAUUUCUGGCCGGCUUCCCUUCAAGCCAGGAUCGUACAUCUCCCUCCAACAUGGAUCUGUACCGCUUUCCUUCGACCAGACACUGCUGGAACAAGGCAUUGGAUGUCAGGUUGACCAGGUCACCUUAACAAGCGUGUACCUUCCGGUGAAGAUCCAGGCUGCAUGGAGCUACUUGAGGGACCAUCACCCAGAUAUGUCGUCCUUGCAGGGGGUGACACAGUUGGAAGGGAUCGGAUCUAUGCUACAUCUCUGGAAUUUGCCGCAUAGUCUGCAGACUUUGACUCUGAGGGAUUAUUUCAACCGUAGUUUGCAACUCAUAAACUUGCCAAAUGGCCUGCACACUUUGACUUUUGGCUUGGAGUUUAAUCAAAGCUUGGAUGGGCUGAACCUGCCCAGGGCUCUGCGAAGAUUGACAUUUGGCCAUUGUUUCGAUCAAAGCAUCGAUAACGUGACAUUGCCGAGUGGCCUUCAGAGCUUAACUUUUGGCUUUUGUUUCGAUCAAAGCCUCGACGAUGUGAACUUGCCCACGGGGCUUCAGAGCCUAACUUUUGGUCAUAAUUUCGAUCAAAGCCUAAACAACGUGAACUUUCCAAGUUCUCUUCGAGAUUUGACUUUUGGCAGCGCUUUUGACCAACGACUAGAUCACGUGAAUCUACCUAGUGGGCUACAGAGUUUGAUUUUCGGCGUGGAGUUUAACCAGAGUCUCGAUGACGUCAACUUGCCACGUGACCUCCAGACCCUGACUUUGGGAGACCGGUUCAACCAGACGGUGGAAUGCGUGAAAUGGCCCUCUGGCCUCCGCAGUUUGUCUUUUGGCAGUCGCUUUAAUCAAAAGAUGGAUAUGACGACCCUGGGUGAGCUUGAAACCUUGACAUUGGGCGAUUGCUUCACAAACAUGAAGCUGGGCAGAUUACCUGGAAACCUCAGGAGCAUCACUUUUGGUUAUGAGUGUCAGGACAUCGACAAGUUGCCAACAAGCUUGGAGAGCCUAACGUUUCAACCUCGUGUGAGCCAAACGGAGACAGACUUGCCAGGCGGUUUGAGACACCUGACUUUCGGCCGACGUUUCAAUCAGAGCCUUGAUGGCAUGAAUUUGCCAAGUGGACUACAGAGCUUGACAUUUGACUAUCAUUUUAAUCAAAGCCUGGACCACUUGAAGUUGCCCAGCAGCCUCAACAGUUUGAAGUUUGGUUAUUGCUUUGACCAGACCCUAGACCGUGUGAACUUGCCCAGCGGCCUGCAAAGCUUGACUUUCGGAUAUAAUUUCAAUCAGAGCCUUGAUCGCGUAGAGUUGCCCCGUGGUCUUCAGAGCUUGAAAUUUGGCUACAUCUUUGUUCUGAGCCUCGAACAUGUGAAGCUGCCGGAUGGGCUUCUAAGCUUGACUUUUGGCUACUGUUUCAACCAGAACCUAGAUCAUGUCGACUUGCCAGAUAGCCUUCAAACCUUGGCUUUUGGCUGCCACUUUAAUCAGAUGCUUGAUCACGUGAAGUUGCCAAAUCAUCUUCAGAACUUGUCUUUUGGCAAUUUCUCUCAAAGCUUACAUGAUGUGAGUUUACCCAGUGGACUCAAGAGCUUAACAUUGCUCUCCAGUUUCACCAAGAGUUUGGCCCAACUUCAUUUGCCAUCCUUGGAGAGACUGGAACUGGGCAAUGCCUUCUGCAUGGAAGGCGCGGACCCGGCAGACCUUCCAAACCUUCGAGAGUUGCGAUGCCCGUCAAUGUCACGCGUCAGCUCCAAUGGCGACGUCGGGAAGGAAGAACGCACAUCUCCAGGUUCGCCUAUGGCGGCACCCAACUCCCCUGAGGAAAAGCUUGAAAAACUGGGGGAUGGCCGUGGCCUGUUCCACGUCAUCGAGCAACUGGCCGCUUUGGAGGGUGCCCUCUGGAGCAUUUUGGAUGGGCUGAAAUCCAAUGCGACUCACGUCUCCUUCUUUUGCCGUGAGUACUGGGGCACCUCAGCCUCCCAUGCGCAACUGUCCUUAGAGAAGUUGGGUUUCCAUGAGCGACUCAAGCGUCAGGUACAGCAAGCUUGUGUCCUUGAAAGUCUGAGCCUGGGCGUUGCAUCACAUUUGUGCUCCGGCACCAUGCAGGGAGUGUCUGUGACCAUUCGUUCCAGGUUACGAAAUCUCCUGUACUACGUCCACGAGAACUGCUUGGUUCUGCUGGAUUUGGUUUGGUGUGUCAACGUUGGCUGGCAGAGCAGUCCUGGCGUUCUGCCGAGCCGUGAGCCCAUGGCUUGUUGA